AUGGCGAGCUCCAGUAACACUUGGCCAAACAGCCAAGAUGAUUACGAAUUGCAUGACGUAAUAGGUGUUGGUGCCACUGCAGUUGUGGCCGCAGCCUAUUGUCGUCCUCGAAAUGAAAAGUGCGCCAUCAAAAGGAUAAACCUCGAAAAGUGGAACACUUCCAUGGACGAGCUUCUCAAAGAGAUCCAGGCUAUGUCCAGUUGCAAUCACGAAAAUGUCGUUACAUACUAUACUAGCUUUGUCGUGAAGGAAGAACUGUGGCUGGUGCUCCGGCUUCUGGAAGGCGGAAGUUUACUUGAUAUUAUUAAACACAAAAUGAGGAUAUCCAACUGUAAACACGGAGUGUUUGACGAGGCGACUAUCGCCACUGUGUUGAAAGAAGUAUUAAAAGGCCUGGAGUAUUUCCACCAGAAUGGACAGAUCCACAGGGAUAUCAAGGCGGGGAAUAUUCUGUUAGGAGACGACGGUAUCGUCCAGAUUGCAGACUUCGGCGUAUCGGCGUGGUUAGCCACGGGACGUGAUCUCUCGCGACAGAAAGUACGACAUACGUUUGUCGGAACACCAUGCUGGAUGGCGCCGGAAGUCAUGGAGCAAAAUCACGGCUACGACUUUAAGGCCGACAUCUGGUCUUUCGGUAUCACGGCUAUUGAAAUGGCUACAGGCACUGCACCAUACCACAAGUAUCCACCAAUGAAGGUGUUAAUGUUGACUUUACAGAAUGAUCCACCGACACUGGAUACAGGUGCUGAGGAAAAAGAUCAAUAUAAAGCGUAUGGUAAAACAUUUAGAAAGAUGAUAUCAGAGUGUCUGCAGAAGGAUCCAGCGAAACGGCCGACUGCUACUGAGCUACUAAAGCAUUCUUUCUUCAAAAAGGCACGUGACCGCAAGUACCUAGUCUCUACAUUGGUAACAAUCGGACCAAGUAUGGAAACUCGUGUUCACAAAGCGAGCAGGCGGCAACCAGGCGCAUCUGGACGACUUCACCGGAUGGAGACAGGCGAGUGGGUGUGGGAGAGUGAAGAAGAUGAUGAUGAUGAGGACGAUGCGGCUCGCGACCGCCCCAUGAAUACUCUAGCCCGCGCCGACAGUUCCGACAGCGAAAGCGAUGAUACUCCUGGCGGCGGCGGCUUCACUAUCGGCUCCCUGAAGGCGGGAGAUGCACCCGUUAUAAACCUAGUGCUUCGAAUGAGAAAUGCACGUAAAGAACUCAAUGACAUACGUUUCGAGUUCGCUGCUGGCAAGGAUUCAGCCGAUGGCAUAGCUACAGAACUGGUCGGGGCUGGACUUUUAGAUGCAAAAGAUGCGGAUGUGACCGCACGCCAAUUACAGCGACUAGUAGAUGACAACUUAUUCGCGUCGGCUGGACAGACACCACCGCGUUCUAUAACGUUCCGUCUGGACUCGGCGCCGCCCGAGCCCUUGGACGAACAGAGCUUGCUAGGCUUCGCACAGAUCUCCAUCGUUGACUAA